AUGACUGAGAAUCAUGAGUCUACAUUUCUGAACGAAGAAGAGUCUACAGUCAGGAGCGAAACGGGUCAGAAUACACAGUUGGUUGAACAAGUAUUCUCAAUGUUCAAAGGAUAUCUUACGUCGCAAUUAGAAGCCAAAGAUAAACAUUUACACGAAGAAUCCAAGAUUGUUAAAGAGGCAAACGAGCUGAAGUUUAAAGGCAAUCGAAAGCA